AUGACAAAUACCGAGCCUUUGGACCAGCCCGCCUCGCCGCCGGCUGGCCAUGGCCCUGAGGGCUCUUUGGCGAUUCCCAGAGACAAGGAGACGCCGGCUGCGAUGGUACAUUCGCCUGGACAUGUGCCUGUCUCAGAAAUGCUCUCGAUUAGCCCCUCGACCAUGCCCCCGAACGCUCUCCCCCCCACGGCGACCUUGCCUUCGUCCGCCUCCCAGGCAGCCUUGCCAGAAGUGGAGAAGGCAAAGGAAAGCAGUGGUCGCCGUAUCCUCCGUCGUAUGUUACCUGGCUCAGCGCACCAUCCUGCGGAACGUGAGGGCACGACGUCGCUGAGCUCAUCCCUACCGCAGGACUCGACCAUGGCCAAUGUGCGUGGAGUCACCUCACCGGUGUCGCCCAAGUUCGAGGGUGCCGGCCUCAAGGAGAUGCCACUGGCUCGGGCGGACGGCGACGAGGCUGCGUUGACGGACUCGAUGGACCAAAUGAAACUGAAGUCGGGCUCAGCAGCAGUGCCAAUGCCGGCCCAAAAAGGCCGGAGCCGUGGCGAGUCGUUCAGCACGUAUGACUCGACAGACGCGUCACCCAUGGCUCGUUCGCAGCAAGACCAGCCUGAGAUGCGUAGCCGUGCGAACUCCACCGUAUCGGACAAGUCGAAAGGCGGUGCGGGCUCGGCGUUGCGUGAUAUGAUCAUGAACAGUCCCAUGCUUGUGCGGCGUGGAUCCUCGGCCUCGCACCGCUCUGAUGGCAGUGCAUCGAGCAAGAGCAAAGACGGGAAGAAGAAGAAAGGCACGUCGACAAUUCCAGGUGCGCCAGGUACAGGCGAAGUGGCUAGUCUCUUGAAAAAGUAUGGCACGUGUGAGCGUGUGGCCAUCGGCAAGGGUGCGAGUGCUGUAGUGCGUAUUGCACGUAAGCGUGACAAGGACAAUGCGGACCGCAUGUACGCUGUGAAAGAGUUCCGCAAACGCCGUAAGAACGAGACGGAAAAGGAGUACGUGAAAAAGCUCACGUCGGAAUUUUGUAUCUCCUCGACGCUGCACCAUAUCAAUGUGGUGGAGACAGUGGACUUGGUGCAGGAUGAGAACCAGCACUGGUGCGAGGUGAUGGAGUACUGCCCUGGUGGCGACUUGUAUGCGGCCAUCAAGAAGGGCGGUAUGAAGCAAAUUGAAAUGGAGUCGUACUUUAAGCAGACGAUCAACGGGAUUCACUACCUGCACUCGAUGGGCGUAGCGCACCGUGACAUCAAGCCUGAGAAUCUGCUGCUGGAUGGCCAAGGCAACAUCAAGAUCACAGACUUUGGUGUGAGUGACGUGUUCCGCAUGUGCUGGGAAAAGUCGACGCACUACAGUAAAGGUCUCUGUGGCUCGGAGCCGUACAUUGCGCCUGAACAAUUUGAGCAGAAAGAGUACGAUGCGCGUCUCGUGGAUAUCUGGGCGGCUGCCGUGGUGUUUUACUGCAUGCAGUGCAGUGAGCUGCCGUGGCGCGUCGCGAAAAUGUCGGAUCCAACGUUCCAGGAGUUUGUGCAUUCGUACCUCGGCACGCCUGUCCCGAGUCCGCUGCCGAACCUGACGCCGCGUGAAUGUCGGCCGCUGCUGAAGAAGAUGCUGUGCCCUGAUCCCAAGAUGCGAUGCAUGACUGACGAGAUCCUCAAGGACUCUUGGCUCUCGCAGGUCCCAGACUCUGUCCCUCCGUAA